GUGUAAACAGUUUCGGUUCGCAGGCUUCCCGAGAAGGAGGAGGCUGUUGCCUUUCCUCCGCUAUGGAGGAUAGCCUGGCCCGCGCCUUCGGAGGCCUGAGCCUCCGCCAACCCCCCGCGCAAAGCAAGGGCCCCCCUCGCAGGAGGCGCCGCUUCAGCAAAAGCCUCUACUUGCUGCGAGGCCUGCCCGGCUCCGGGAAAAGUACUCUGGCCAGGCAACUGAAACAUGAAUUUCCCCGUGCCGUUGUUCUGAGCACUGAUGACUACUUCUCUGCAGAGGACGGCACGUAUGUCUUUGAUCCUGAUGCUCUAGAAGAUGCACAUAGAUGGAACCAAAAUAGAGCACGUAAAGCCAUGAAGAAUGGGAAAUCCCCAGUUAUUAUUGAUAAUACCAACGUCCGCGCUUGGGAAAUGAAGCCAUAUGUGAUAAUGGCACUUGAACACAGCUAUGAAGUUCUUUUUCGAGAGCCAGAUACACACUGGAAAUUCAAUGUUCGGCAACUAACCAGACGGAAUGGCCAUGGUGUUCCACGAGAGACAAUACAGAGGAUGAAGGAGCAAUAUGAGCACGAUGUUACUUUUCAUGAUGUGCUUCAUUCAGAAGAACCAGCCAGACAUUUCAGUAGAUCCUAUGGCGUUUACGAUAAUGGUUGUUCCUAUGUGAACUCAACAUUCUCCAACAGAAGAGCUAAUGGCAACUUCAGAAAUGAAAGAUCAUUUAGUAGGAGAAAUGAUUUCUACCCGGUAUUUUAGAGUUUUUUAAUCAAGUUGUAUAAAAUUUUGUUUUAGGAAUUCUGGAAUUCUGUAAUUAAAAUAUUUGUAUUUUUCUAUUGGGCUAGAUUUAGUUUUUAAAUCUCCAUAUAUUCUUUUGGAGGUUAAAAACCCUGUUUUAAUAUUCUUCUGAUGCAGAUUAUAUUUCUUCACUCAUGUUUACACCUGGCUACAGGAUGACUCACGCUAGAAGUGUAAACAUAAUGAAGAACCCACAGUAAUUUUUAGCAGCAAUAUAGAAAAGGAUCUUCAUGUCAUUGGCAUCCCUGUGCAGAUCAAGCAAAUAGUGGUGCUAUACAAUGUUUGGUCCUGGUAAGGAUGCACACAAAUGAUAUUUGAUAUCAUUAGUGUGCCAUUGCUAAUCAUAGUAUAGUGCAACAGUUAGAACUCUAAUUCCCCAUCAAUUAUUCAGUAUACAAGGCUGUGGGAAUGUAAACAGAUUUCCCUUCAUAAAUAUUGACACAAUUAAUUUUACAGUAUACAAAUUUUAAAAUGUUAGUUUCUUUUGUACCUAGGUUUUAAAAUUAAGUUAUAGAUCGCAUUUCAUAGGACCACCUUUUUUUCUACAUUCCAUAUUAAUUUAGCUUCAUUUUUAUGGCAUUUACCUUCUUUGACACAUCUGCUUCUCUACUUUGCAGUUUACCUCCUUUUUUACAUCAUGUAGAUUUCCUUUCUUGCCGAAACCAAUGAGGAGCUUUAUUUAGACCCCCAAUGGUUGUCAUUGCUCACUCUAUUUUUUUUUUUAUGAUUCCUGAAACACACACCAAAUAGUUUGCAACCGUAGGAACAAUUCAGGGAAGAGGCAUAAUCUUGACAACAGAUUGGUUUUUCUCUGCUCCACAGUAAGACUUGGGUCAUCCUCAAUUUCCUGUUUGGUAGUAGCAUAUGCCAAAGAUGGGUAGAGCAAGGAAACCUGCCUAAAUUCAGUGGCCAUUAGAACUAGACAUUACCUGAAAUGAGUGAGAGUAAUUUGCACUCUUGUGACUUUUGUUAAUGUUCAGUUCCAAAUGUUAUUUGUGCCUUUUUGCAGCCUGCUAGUUUAACUUCUCUAGUCUGCGCUUUUUCUCUUCAUCUAAUUGUUUCCACAGAUCAGAUACUACUCGGUAUAUUUGCUUAAUCAUUCCGUCUAAAAGCUCUUCAAGGGUAGGUACUUCUAUAACAAACAGAAGGUUUGUAUGUUUUGGAUAUGUUUGGCCUUACAUGUCUUUAAAGCUGGCCUCUUUUUUUUUCCUCUUGAACCAUUGUGAUUGCUAUGCAAAAAUAAACAAGGGAAUCAAAUUAUAUUGACUGCAUGUUUUGAACUGUACACUGGAGUUCUAAAAAUAUACAAUUCCUUCAUUAAAGUUAGUUAUUGCUGAA